GCAGCUUCAUCCAGCUAAUGCUAGAAGAAAAUCGAUACUGGGAAUCUUCAUUUAACGAAAGCAAAUUGUUUGAGCUAAGCAGGGAGAAGACUAUAAUCUGCUGCAGGAGGUUUGCCUGCAUCCCUUCGUGGACCUGAUGGCUACCGACAUGUCCAUGAACACAGUGUCGGCUCCUCACCCCGCCCUGGCCUCACCCCCGCAAGCCCAGAUUCCCACCCAGGAGCCGGCAAUUGCUGAAACCCCUGACACUGCAGUGACUUCAGGACAAAAUGAUGCUCCAUAUCUCACCCAAGCUCAGCCUCCAAAGCCAAACGUGGCUCCAGAACUUGGUUCAGGUUCUGAACCAACUCCAGUCCCUCUGCUGAUGCCCUUGCCGGCAGCCUCGGCCAAGAACCCUAGCUGCAAGAUCAUGACUUUCCGGCCCACUGUGGAAGAGUUUAAAGACUUUGCCAAAUAUAUAGUCUACAUGGAGAGUCAGGGAGCCCAUCGUGCUGGUCUGGCAAAGGUGAUACCUCCGGAAGGCUGGAAGCCACGUCGGUCCUAUGACACUAUAGAAGAAAUGGUGAUUCCAGCUCCUAUCAUGCAAGUGGUGACUGGACAAUCAGGACUGUUCACCCAGUACAACAUUCAGAAGAAAUCUAUGACUGUUGGUGAAUACCGCAAGCUUGCCAACAGCAAGAAGUACUGCACGCCGCGUCACAAAGACUUUGAUGACUUGGAGCGGAAGUACUGGAAGAACCUCACAUUCGUGUCGCCCAUUUAUGGUGCUGAUGUUAGCGGCUCCAUCUAUGAUGAGGACAUUCAAGAGUGGAACAUUGGCCACCUCAACACACUCCUGGACAUGGUGGAGCAAGAGUGUGGUAUUGUCAUUGAGGGCGUCAAUACUCCGUACCUGUACUUUGGCAUGUGGAAGACCACCUUUGCAUGGCACACGGAGGACAUGGACCUCUACAGCAUCAACUAUCUACACUUUGGGCAGUCCAAGUCCUGGUAUAGCGUCCCACCUGAGCACGGCAAGAGGCUGGAGAGGCUGGCACAAGGCUUUUUCCCUGGCAGCUCCCAAGGCUGCGAUGCCUUCCUCCGCCACAAGAUGACGCUCAUAUCUCCAUCCAUCCUGAAAAAAUACGGCAUUCCCUUCGACAGAAUAACUCAGAAUGAAGGAGAGUUCAUGGUCACGUUCCCCUAUGGCUACCAUGCCGGCUUCAACCACGGCUUCAACUGUGCAGAGUCCACAAACUUUGCCACGCUGCGCUGGGUGGACUAUGGCAAGAAUGCAACACUGUGCUCCUGUCGAAAGGACAUGGUGAAGAUCUCGAUGGACGUGUUUGUGCGAUGCCUGCAGCCUGAUCGCUACGAGCUUUGGAAGCAGGGCAAAGAUACAACAGUGCUGGAUCACCUGAGGCCCACCGAGCUGAGCAGUCCUGAGCUGGAAAAUUGGAGGCAGCAUCGAGUCACCUACCGGGAAAGCGUUCUCCGGAGGGCUAUGCAAAAGAUGAAGCAGUUUCGUCGUCUAAAGAUGGAAGAGGUUAAGGUGCUGGCGGAGGAAGGAAUUGAGCUGAACGCCGUUGAGUACCAACGUCAGGUGGAGGAGCGCGAGGCUCAGCGCAGGCAGGAGAGGGAGGAGCGUUUAGCCAGAGAGGCCAUGAUGACCCUGGAGGCCAUGGAGCGCGAAGAGCAGGAAGCUGCGGAGGCAGCUGCCAAAGCCGCAGAGACUCCUGUCAUAGAGGCACAAGCCAAACCACAGAACUUUAUAGAUGAUGUUGAGAAGAAGGUGAAAAAGCAGAAAACGAUUUCCAACAUUCACACUGCCAUUACUGGAUUUGAAGAAGCUUUUGGACAGUUUGCCACAGCUAACAUGAAGAAUUCAAACAUUGUCAGCCACUUGGAGCCUGCGUUCAUAAGACACAUCGACGUCCCAGCCAGUAACAAAAUGGAUGUGAGUGCCACCCAGACGAGCUUCUCCAAAAUAAAAAUGCCAACAGAGGUGAAGAAGAGUCGGCGGCAUCCACUCAGCAAGCCGCCCAUGCGCUCCCCUCUGUCCAUUGUCAAGCAAGACCCAGCCGGUGACAAAGAACUAUCCUCCCCAAUGCCGCUAGAUAGCGACAUGAAAAAACAGGAGCACCUGUGGCAGAACCACUCACCCAACUUUGUGGCAGAGAAGUCCUUCAACGCUGCCGUGGCUGCUCUGGAGCCAUACUGUGCAGUCUGUUCACUCUUCUGUCCCUACACAAAGCCGCAAAAAGAUGUCCUGACUGCUAAGGAUGUCCCAGACAUCCCAAUGGCCCGUCACGGCAGCACAACUCGUCCACUGGUCCCAGAGAUGUGCUUCAGUGUGGGAGCAGGAAACACAGAGCCACCACCCACCAACUAUCACAUCGGGGAGGAUGGAACUAGCCUCCUGAUCCGCUGUCCAUCUUGUUUAAUGCAAGUUCAUGCAAGUUGUUACGGUGUGAAGCCAGACUCUGUGAGUGAGUCCUGGAUGUGCUCCAGGUGUUCGACCGGAGACUGGACAGUGGAGUGUUGUCUCUGUAACUUACGAGGAGGAGCUUUGAAGAAGACCACAGACAACAGGUGGGUUCACGUCAUCUGUGCCAUUGCUGUGGCAGAAGCUCGCUUCGUCAAUGCCAUCGAGAGGGAGCCAGUGGACGUCAGCGCCGUCCCAGAAACCCGCAAAGAUCUGAAAUGCGUGUUCUGCCACAGUAAGAGUGCUAAUCAGAACCGUGGUGCCUGCAUCCAGUGCACAAAGGAGAACUGCGCCACCUCUUUCCACGUCACCUGCGCUCAGAUAGCAGGAGUGGUGAUGCAGCCUGCCGACUGGCCCUAUGUGGUGUCCGUCACCUGUCACAAGCAUAAACGGAGUGCCCCCAAGCCAAAGGUGGCACCUAAAGCCACACACGGUGUUCAGUUGGGCCAGAAGAUGAUUGGUCGCUACAGCGAUGGCUGGUACUACCACUGCACCAUCAUCGGCAUGGCAACACUUGUGUUCUAUGAGGUCAACUUUGAUGAUGGUUCAUACUGUGACAACCUGCACCCAGAAAACAUUGUGAGUCAUGACUGCCUGCUUAAUGGUCCUCCAGAGGCGGGGGAGCUGAUCUUGGUCGGAUCACCUGAUGGCCUGAUCCUCAAUGCUUCAUAUGUCAGACAGCACAUUCACAAGCUCUAUCAGGUGGAAUUUCAGGACCAAAAACAACUGACGCUCAAACACUCAGAGAUCUAUCAGCUGGAUCAUGACUUGCCAAAAAGGGUCAGAGCCAGACUGGCUACACCUGCCCCACAGGAGGAGAUUUCCUCAGCCGAUGAGGCCCAAGCAGCUAAACGCCCUCGCCUGCCCACCAAAGUAGCCCCCUAUGCUGAUUCCCACAUGGAGAAAACCACUGGAGCGCUUUGCCCGCAAGCUACGUCCCCAGCAGCAGCACAGGCUCAAAAUCAUCACAGUAUUAGUACGCCACCAAUCUCAGAGUCUCUGUCCCACCCCACCAUGAACCUGCAGGGGGCCCCUGCCCCACCUGGUGGCAGUCGGAUGGAUGCAGAGACCCCCAUGGACACCCUAAACCACGCUCUCACAGAGUCGCCCCUGGUCUCUGACCCCACGCUAACUCCGCAGUCCAUUCCCUUUCAGGCCACUUUGAACUCUGACCCCCUCCUGUCCGCAGCGUCCCCUCCACCCCCGCCCCAGCACAUGUCCGACAGCUACACACCCAGCAGUGGCUACGUUUCCUACAUGGAAACACUCCUUCACUCACAUUUUCCUCAGGACGAUGGCCACGGCCCCCUGUAUUGAACCCAGCUCCGCUAUGUAAUUACUCAACCCAUACAGGCUGAGCCAAACAGGAAGUAAGCUAAUGGAGGUGGACUCUGAGUGCUGUAUUAUUGGACAAACAUUUCCUUCACCUGCUCUAACAGCAGUUGGCAGGAGGAGGAACAACAAGCACUCUUUUAAUGCAUGUUACUUUUUCUAUUUUUUAGUUAAUGUAUUUUGCAGUGGUGCUUAAGUCUGAGCUGAGGUAGCAGCUAAAGAGCACAGGGCUUUUUUUGAUUUUCUAACGUUGUUUUUUCUUUUCUUUUUUACACUGUAUAGCUUUUUUGUUUUUGGUCAGCUGCUGUAUGUGUUUUCCUUCAUCUUAAUAUAAAAAUGUCUAUGGGUGACAUCAACUCCAUACCUCGUUGCAUUUAUUAAGUAACAGCACACUCCUGUCUUCUUUCUAUGGGAAUUGUAUUGUUAUUAUGGCCUCUCAGCAAUGAGGCCAAAAUGGACUCAGCCUUCUUUUUCUUCUCAAAAUCAAGUAACCAGCAACAAGAUUUCUAUUUUUCAAUGCAGUCAAUCGUGGAUUUGGAACAUGUAAGAUCAGUGUCACAUCCACAGGACAUUUUCAGUAAGGUGUUUUCUUGUCAGACUGCGAGAGGUAAAUGGAGAAAUGGGGUAAAAUAUAUAUAUAUUGUAAAGGGGACUCAGUAUUUAAAUGUCUUAGUCAAAUAUCGAAAGAAUUAUUUGUAAUAGAAGAAAACAGUUGAAUGCAAACACUAGUAGAUUUGUCUGCAGAAUGCAUUACAUUUUGUGAAGAUGUGUCACCGUAGUCAACAGAUGGCCUCUUAAUGUAUUGACGUCAUUUGACAGCAACAUUGAUAUUUUUUCUCUCUCUUUUUUUUUUUUUACACUAAAAUAAAGUCAGGGUUCCUACAUGUUGUAGGUGAAUUUUGGCAUCCAAACCAUCAAACAGUUUGGGACAAGCAGGACAACCCAAAAGUGUUUUUCACACUUUUUAGAUUAGAUUAAGAAAGUCCGUUACAAGGCUAUAUUUGCUUCCAUUGUUCUGCAGUUUGUCCUCCAAACUUAGUGUCUUUUUACUGUCACUUGGCUACUUUGAGCUUUUCAAUUGGCCCAGAACUGUCCGUCGUUAAAGGGUAUAGGAAUAUCAUGAAAAAGGAAAUAUGUAGGAACCUGUAAAUUUGGAUAUAUUGCAACAUUCUUAGUUAAUUUGUAUGUGUCAAUCACUCUUGUAAUUUGUUGUACAAUGUCAGUUUUUUCUAAUAAUGUACCCUUUCUAUGUUCUUUUUCUGAAAUGAGUUGACAGAAUCGGCCAUGUCAUUAAUAUUAAUACAUUUCUUCUGGGCAGGUUUUGCAGACAUCUAAAACUAGUUUCUACUAAUAACUGUUUUUGUUGUUUUUCCUUCCCGCCCCAUGAAAAUAGCUACAGAGAUGCUUAACUGUUAAUGGACAGAUUCAAUCCACCUCCACCUUUCCACCCACCUACAGCUGUACCUCUGUAUAAACCACAAGCCUUGUGUUGUGAGUCUAAUUUGUAAAUUAUGCACGUGACUUUUCCCUUUUUACUGUUGAAACUGAGUUAUCUGAACGGCCAUUCGUUCCUGUUUCCAGAUGAGAUCAAAAAAAAAGUUGAUUAAUGGGGAUUAAAGUGGGUUGCAAGUCACCAGAUCUUCUGUUGUCUGUUCAGGUGCUUGAAAAAUAAGUGGAGAAAAAACCAACAAGUUCUCGCUUUGGUCGGAACACUCAAAUAUGGGCGUUCACUGUUGGCAGCUUUAUCGGGCUUUGAAGUUUCAUUUAGAUUUUUGGGGGUUUUAAAUUAGAUAAAUUAUGCAGCUCAUAUUUCAGUGAAUGGAAUAAGCCAUGGUACAGUAUUGCCCCAUCCCCUGUGUGGCAUCUGCCCUUGUGAUGUAUAAAUCAGUUCAAUAAAACUUACAUGGAAACGGAACAGUUACCCCUCUACAAUUUGACCACAAAUUCACAUAAGCAGGGUGUGCUGUUUUAAAGCAGCACCCCUGCUUAUCCAGAGCACCUCAUCUCUGGCAAUUCAUUUCUCCCACCUUUUAAAAGAUAAUUCCUAUCUAUUAAUUUGGUUAUUUAUUUUGGUUAUCAGGUAAAACCUGCUCUCAAGUCUCUUAUAUACGAUGUACUGUAGGUUAACAAGGUUAAUAGGCUCCAGGUAGUCUUCUUUCCGUUUCUGCAUUACCUUUAGUAUCAGAUUGCUUGUUAUUUAACUGGUUUGAUACUGCCACAUUCAAUACGAAGAAAAACAUUUCAAUAGGGACAAAGAAGUUUAAGUUUGUGAAAGAAGAAAAAGAGAAUAAUUUCAUACCAUGUCUUUUACGUUCCCCUUAUUUCUGCGCAUAAUUGUACUCCCUGAUUGAUUCAGUAAUGGUGAAAGCUGAGGGUAUCGGGGUCACCCUGUCUGUGAUGUAUAUAUUUAAAGAAGAAAUCGUUUUUCCUUGAGCAUUCGGCAGGGAGUCUUGUGAUAUCUCCCCUUGUGUGUUAUUCAUUCAUGCUAUAUGUAUUUAGUAGAAACCACCUGUUAUUUGCUUAAAGCGAGGGAACAUUUUUAUAAAUGUGGAUAAAGUGAAUUGGUUUAUGCGCAAUUACUCUUUAUUCAGAAAUAUUGAGAUCCAUUAAUGAGGUUGAAAUAGCAGCUUUGCAGAAUAAGUGUUAUUCAAAAUCUUAUAACAAGUAUAUAAAUGGAAAUGGCACAUUGUGAAAUGCUGUUGUUUUUUUUUUCCUUUGCACAAAAUGAUUCUUUUGCAGUGUGCUUUUAUCAGGCUCAUGCUUUAGGAUAUCAAUUUAGUUGUCUGCAUAUUGCAUAGUACCACUUACAUCAGGUUUGCUGCAGGUGAUGCUCCAUUCAACCUGCUGCUUAGAAGAGCCUGGUUUUGAGUAUUUGUCUUUAUUAUAAUAAUUAAAAAUCCUCUAUUAAUUACAGCAGAAUGGUUAUUUAUUCUUAAGCAUCAUAAACAUAAAAAGAUGUUCUGUUCAAGUGAAAGAAAUGGAAAGACCAAUUUCAAUUAUUUUUGUGUGUUUUCUUUAACUUGAGCCAUUAUGAUUCUAAAAGUUGAGGGAAAGAGUGAUGUCACAAAAUUAUUAAAAAUAUCAAAACUGUUGCAAUUGGAUUUGAGUGGAAUCAAUGUUUUAGUUUCUUCUACAAAAUAAAA